AUGGAGGAGCUUGAGCAAAUUCAAACUACAAACUCUCAAGCGGUUGCAUUGGUGGCGCAAUAUCAACUGGAACAGACACCUAGAGGGCGUGGUUCACGACCUGGUAUUGCGCCAAAUGUGGAGAGACACAGAGAAGUCCGAGGUCAAUUCCUCCUGCAGGAUUAUUUUGUUGAACAUCCAGUGUACGAUGAAGCAAGCUUUCGGACGCGGUACCGAAUGCAUAAACAUGUCUUUCAACGCAUAAUGGAGGAUCUUUGCAACCACGACAGUUUUUGGAGGCAAAAACCAGAUGCCACUGGAAAAAUGGGAUUGCUUCCUGAACAAAAGAUGACAGGUGCCCUGAGAAUGCUCGCGUACGGUGCAGCUGCUGAUCAAUGUGAUGAAAUCACUCGGAUGGGAACUUCUACAGCACUGAAAUGUCUGAAGAAAUUUUGUAGACAGAUCGAGUUUCUGUAA